GAAGAGAGAGUUUUUUAAAAUUAUCCUUUUUUUUUUUCCUUUCUCUCUCAAAAACGAAACGAAAUGUGUUAUUUGACGAGACGGGACUAUGAAAAACCCAAAAAGAAAAGUUCAUAAUCUACGCGUUCUUCCCAACACUGCCACUACGAACAGCCAACACUCAAAACCCUAACCUCCCUAUCUCUCUCUAGAUUCUCUCUACCUUCUCCGGUACUUCUCUCUCCAAGCUUUGCUCCUCCUGAUUUUCUCCUAAAAUUGGAUUACUCUUAUCGGAACUACAUGGAUGACGCAGAUAAACCCGAUCCAGGCGGGGCUGAUCAGUUCAGUAGCGAUUCCAGCUGGACCAUCGUAGCUGACACGGACAGUGUCAAUUACUUCUUCUCUAGUGACAGAGAGAGCAGGAUCCUCAGUGAAUUCGGCUGGAAUCUUCAAUCGGAAGACACUGGAAGGUUUGGAGAUCUGCAACGAAUCGAAGCCGACGAAAGCGCUGAUUUGGCGGGAACACUGGCUGAUUUGCCUGAGACUAACUGCAGCAGAGAUUUACGAAGCUCCGACCCUGCCGUCCUGCCCGGAUCUUCGGCUGGAGACGUUUCCACUUCGAAUCCGUCUGUUUCUUCGACCUCCAGCGAAGAUCGGCAGGAGAAAUCGACUGGCUCCGGCGGCAAAGCUCACGAUAUUCAUACACCGAGCAAGAUUAAAAAGAAGGGGCAGAAAAGAAUCCGGCAGCCACGUUUUGCAUUCAUCACGAAGACUGAAGUUGAUCAUCUUGAGGAUGGCUACCGCUGGCGAAAAUAUGGACAGAAGGCCGUCAAAAAUAGUCCAUUCCCAAGGAGCUACUAUCGGUGCACAAACAGCAAAUGUACAGUGAAGAAGAGGGUGGAGCGGUCCUCGGACGAUCCCACAACUGUAAUUACAACUUACGAAGGCCAACACUGCCAUCAUACAGUUGGGUUUCCCCGGGGAGGAAUUAUUAGUCACGAAGUUGCUUUUGCCGGCGGCCAUUUGGCACCGGCAGUGUCCCAAUUUUAUCAUCCAAGAGUUCUGUUACCUGGAGAAAAUCCUCCAAGCAACAGACAAUUGCACCAACAACCCACAGACAACGCAAGAGAGUCCAGUAGUACUGUGCAGUUACCAGCAGGCGGUGCAAGAGAGUCCAGUACUGUGCAGUUACCUAAUUCAGAUGAUCAAGGAUUACUUGGAGAUAUUGUCCCUCAUGGAAUGCUUAACGGAUGACACCCAACAUUACUGUUAAAGGGGAGAUUACUAAAGAUUCUCAGUACGUACAGGCCAUGCAGAUGCAGUAACCGGUGUAGUGGAGAGAGAGUACUAAUUGUACCUUAUUGUAGACGAACAGCCCCCAUUGAUUAUGGGAUGCGAUGAUGACGAGCCAUUUUGAAGUCAAAGUGAGUCCGUUGUCACCUGAAAACUCUAUCAUUUCCCCUAUUGAGUGACAAAUUUAUUAUGUUCAUUCAAGUGUAUGAAGCUCUAGCUCGCAUGGGCAGAUCAUUAUAUAUUUCUCAUUUGAGUUUAUAAGCAUAUAAUACAGGUAAUUAUAUA